GGGUAAAAUCAGUCUUUGCUCUCAUGCCUAAAAAGGGUGACGCACUCCAAUGCAACAAUAACAGGACAAUUGCAUUAACCCUUUACUUCCUAAAAGGACAAAUUUGUCCGCUUUUAAAUAAAUGGUCCUUUUGGCUAAAAUAUCCCGAGUUGGAAGGUGUUUGCUGAAGAGGACAUUAUUGUCCUAUUAUAUUGACGGAACUGGCAACUCUGCUUCAGCCCUGGUUUUUCAUCAAGCUCAGAAAAUUGGAAAACAUCACAGGGUGUGGAUGCUUUAUCAUGCACCGACUGCAUCAACAUUUUGAGCCAUCAUGGAUCCUCAACCAGGUGGAUCAGGAAUCACCACAGCCAAUUUCUACAGGAAUGGAAGAGUAUAUAGGCCACGGGUUAUGCAUCAAUUUCUGUAUUCAAGUGACACAGAAGAUAUUGUUGAACAUGCUGUGGAUGAGGUGGAAGAUGCUUACUCACCACAUGAGUCUGAGGAAGAGCCGUCUUCUGAUGGGGAGGAAUUGUACUGGGAACAUAUUCAUAGCAGAGAUGAAGCACCUACAGUUCCCAUAUAUGAUGUCAGCGACCGCAGUGAGAUUGAAGAGGACAUAUCUCUUCCAGUAAAUCUGUUCAGAAUUUUCUCAGAUGAGCUCUUGGAUAUGGUUGUUCAGCAGUCUAAUCUAUAUGCAGUUCAAUAAAAUACUAACAAACCACUUAGAGGUACCUAAGAGGAAGCAAAUGUCCCUACGUGAAUUCAAGCUCAAACUUGCAGAUUCUCUUUUGUC